GUGGCAUGUGUGUUAAUUUUGAAUGAAUCUUAUAUAGCUGGAUAUCUUGAGGCUACAAUUAAACAUGAGCAUUGUUCAUUACGUGCUUUCCACAUCGAAUAGAUUAGAUAACUAACAAGACAGUAAAUAUAUAAUUAGUUUAUCAUUUGAUGCAUACUUCACUGUUAAAUAGAAGGUUCCUACUUGUCUUAUUCUGUAAAUAUUGCAAUUUCCUUGUUUCUAAGUUGGGUUUCUCCUGGUCACUAACAUUGCUACCAGUUUAGACAUCUAGAACAGUAAGGAUACCUACUACAGUUUAACAGUAUAAUUUAAAUUGUGGAGAACAUGAAAGAUCACUUACAAGAAGAAGAAACUACUUGAAUGGGCUAAGAUUCUGGUGUUAGAAAUUGGGGGAAGCACAUCUUAGUUUAUAGAUGUAAUAAAGUUGCAAAUUUGUUUGUCAGCUGUUGGGAUAUGUUAAUGGGAGUUGAUCAUUCAACAGCUUUUGGUUUGGGGAAUUACCUGAUAUAUAUGUUAUAUAAUAUAUAUAGAGAGAGAUUUUUAUGAAUUACUUUUAAAGUUUUCUGUAAUAUCUCUAGUACCACACAUGUACAUAAAUCUGAGAGUACAUUUGGGAGAGGAGGGGCAAGGGAAGAACAUUGCAGGAAAAAAAUCUUCUAAUAUAUGACUUUAUAUCAGAACAUUGUAGUACCUUCUUAAAUUACCAGUAGCAAGUUUAUUCUAUAAACUUCCUACAGCAAGUAUAUUCAUUAAGGAUGAUAUUUUUAUUCUGUACCAAAUGCCUUGGAACUCUUUGAAUCUGUGUUACACUAUAUAUGUUUUGUGCUAUGAAAAACUGAUCAAUGGUUCCCUGUUGUUUUUCCCUGUGCAGUAAUACAAAGGAUUGGCCUGGGAAAUGAGGAACCUCUGUUACUAGUUCUUUUAGUGAACUGGAUUUGCAAGCUAACCACUGAACUUUUCAGCUUCUCCACAUUUAGAAGUAGGGUGAUAUUCAAAAGUAUCACAGGAUAGUAGGUUUGUACUUAACUGAAGGACAAUAUCACAGGAAGCAGCUGUAAAUUACUUGCCUCAAACAACUGUUGCCGCAGGUCCCAACUUUGUUCUCACUGUGGAAUUAGUUCAUAGCAUCGUUUGGCCAGAUACUGGGAUCCGUACCCAUAGCCGGGAACCUCUAAAUGGACAAUGGUGACUACAGGUGACAUUGACUGAUCUAGCGUUUGCGUUGGGUACUGCUGUGUUGGGAAGCCUGGUGAGAUCAGGGCGGUUACUCAGGCUGGUGGAAUUUGUGUUCAAGCAUCAUCUGUAGUAGUUUUAAAGCAAAAAUCAAAGUAAUUCAAGUAUUGGUUCUCUGAAAAAAAUGCAAUUUAACUAGACGUUGCCCCCCUCCUCCAGUGUGACGUUGUUUUCCUCUCACCCCACAAUCUCUUUGUCUUUUAGCGUGUGUUUUUUUGCAUGUCAGUAGGCGGAUCGCUGCAAGCCAGAUGAUGGGGUCCAGGUCUAUAUGUUUCGGUUUGCCCAAGAAGUUCCUGUGACCUUUCCUUUGAAUGUAAUGCACACGUACUGGCGUUCAGUGCUGUGUUUUUGAUAGUGUCUGUGUAGCUUCUAUUGGAGCCUCUUUGACACGGAAUGAGAGCUGCAGUAGAAUUCAUAUGUGUAGAGUGAUCUUGCUGUGUGACCAUUUGUUUCCCACUUUGUGGUCUGGUUUGUAUUUUGUUUGUUUUUUGCCUGUGUUUUACUUUUAAUUAGGGUGAUGGGGUUGUGGAUCUGAUAUGAUAUUAAUGAGUGCUGAGAUUGCAUAGCAAUACAUAGGGUUGCCAUGAUAAGAUUACAUCGCAAAAAAAUCAAUAGAAGCUUGGCCUGUAACUAGUUCUUAUUACAGUAUAAACAGAGUUCAGUAGUGAAGUCCAAAACUCUGUUUCUUCAUAAAAGCUAGUGUAAUAUUUGCAGACUUAUUUGCAUAUGGUUUCAGCUCAUGUUAUUGGUAGUGAAUAACUUCCUUGAUAAAUAACCUUAAAUUGCUUGCCUAUUAUUUAUUUUAAAAAACCAAAUCUUUAAAACCUGCCUUUUUGUAUGUAGCAAUUUUAAUGCACAAAAAUGCUUUGUUUCAGUUGACCCAUUCCGGUACAGUUACUCAGCCGAGGCUCUUGGGCAUAAGUCGGUAAUGCAUACGAUUUAUUUAGCCUUGCGUAUUGUGGCAACCCUAUAUGCACAAUAACAACUUAGAGAAAGUUUUUAUUACACUUUGUGGAUGGAUCGAACUGCAUAGCUCUGGCUUUUCUUUUGCUGACAUUUGCUUUUCCUUACCCCACAGGAUACCCGCUCACUAUGUCUAUCCACAGGCUUUCAUGCAACCCGGGGUUGUGAUCCCCCACGUGCAGCCCGCGGCCGCUGCCAGCCCUUACAUCGACUACACGGGCACUGCGUACGCGCAGUACUCCGCAGCCACAGCAGCUGCUGCCGCCGCCGCCUACGAACAAUAUCCAUACGCCGCGUCCCCAGCCGCAGCCGCAGCUGCAGGAUACGUCACCGCCGCUGGGUACAGUUAUGCAGUCCAGCAGCCCAUGCCCAGCCAAGGUCCUGGGGCAGCAGCGGCUGCAGCCUUCAGUCAGUACCAACCACAGCAGCUGCAGACCGAUCGCAUGCAAUAACAAUAGGAGUUUUUUUUUAUUUAAAAAAAACUACAAAAGUGCACACUACUUUUAGAAUCAGGAAAUCAUAUAUAUUCCAGAAACUCCAACCAGUACCAUCUGCAGCAUGCAAUAAUAACGGACGCAAAACAAACAAAAAGUUCACUACUUUCUGAUUGUGAAAACAAAAUCCCAUCGCAGCGUUUUGAUUCCUACCAACAACUGCGCUGCACACUGUCACACCACACAAAACAAAUCCUUGAAACAGCAGAAAACGUGUUGUGUUUACUAGCAGGAGAAACGUAAGAUGCAAGUCCACAGCCUUCAACCAGCCUGCAACAUUAUGCAUUAAUCACGGGACGUAACAUAGUGUAAUUGCCUUAUGCAAACCUUUUCUGCAUUCAGGGAGAACGCCGCAAUAUUUUCAGCUUUCAGGCCCUGUCACAACUGCAGGAGCUGCAUGCAAUAAUACUGGGACAUGCAAUAAUGAUAAUAAAUAAAUGAAAUGUGCACAUCAGGGUUUAGUGAAAUACAGAGACAAUUCUGCAUUACGGUAACAACUACCUUUUGAAUUUCAAAGCACUGAAUGUUAAUCUCAUUUUUUUAAAAAAAAGUCUGACCUAUGCAAAGUAUUUCAGAGAUAUUUGAUAUCUGUUGAGGGCUUCGAACAAUCAAGCUUAUGACCAUGUGGGGGUGAUGGACAGGUACCGAAUUUAUUUUCUCCACCCCCCCCCCCCCUUCUCUGCAUGAGUGGAACUUGGAGCGAGCAAGUGAUCUGGAAUUAAUGGGCAGAACAGCUGUGUGGACAAUCGACAAGGCAGACCGUUCUGGAAAUACACAUCACUUGUGCUUGUUUGAUGACCUGUCACAUUUUAAUCCCCAUCCUGUUUCACUUUUGGGAAACUUUAACUGCUGCUGUCAGCUAUUUGGAUUCUGAAAUAGAAUCAGCCCCUGACAAUAACAGUCUCCUCUUUCUGUUUUAUUGCAUCUGUCCAUGAUUGUUGAUUUGGAAGCAAAAAGAAACAAAAUAGUGAAUUUUAAAUAGUCAUUGGUUUAAACUGUGCCUUAUAAAAAAUAUUGUUAAACUAUUUUAAAAUUAUUUAUUGUAAAGGUUUUUACAACGCUGCGCACUGUAGAAGGGAACUUAAGUGCGGAACUAUAUAUGUGUUCAGCUCAUUGCAGAUAAAUUAUUAAGUAGGUAUUAGUUUAUAAUGUUAAACCAUAUCAGAAUAUGCAACCAAAAAUGUUGACUUCAGUUUAUUUAAAAUAUUUCUAUCUGACGCACUAUUCAAUGGUAUCGUUAUUUUGACAGUUGUCAAUUUUAGGAUGUUAAAUUAAUAUUUACUCUUUAGACUUUUUCCAAAUGUUAUAAGCUGUACACAGACAGACCUCUGGCGUUCGGAAUUUAGAGAUGACUAACUUUUUGCAUUUAUGUUGAAAUAUUUUAAACCAUUAUUCUGCUUGCUAGAAAGUUGCAAUUGCUGCUCUGUAGCCUGUUUUAACCCUCGAGUGCUUGCUGACAUCAUGUUUUUAUCCUAUAUCUGCAAGCAGGAUAAAUAAUGUAAAUGUAGUUUUUUAUAUAUAUAUACUUGAAGGAAAAAAAAUCUAAGAUUUUCUUACAAGGGAAAGACAACCAAGGAUUUUAGAGACUUUUUUUCAUGUCACUGGACUAAUUUAAAGUAUUCAGGCAAAUGGAGCCAGUGUUAUUCAAAUAAUUAUGUAAAGUCCUGUUGGUAUUACAUUUCUAUAACAAUGUAAACUGAUUUAUAGUAACUCCAUCUUCUAAUAAAUACACUGACUUUUUUUUAAAAUCAUUCAAAACUGGAAGUACUGGUAUUUGUUUUGACAAAUGGUUUACAUUAAACUUGUUUUUAUUUGAAUUGA